AUGAAGGUACAAUCGAUUAUCCUGGGCCUGGCGGCUUUGGCCUCUGGCCAUACCAUCUUCCAGAAGAUGUCUGUUGACGGGGUAGACCAAGGCCAACUCAAGGGCGUUCGUGCCCCUGAUAGCGAUUACCCUAUCCAGAACGUUAACGAUGCCGCUUUCGCGUGUAACAAGGAUCUCAAGCAUGUCGAUAGCACCGUCAUCUCCGUCCCGGCUGGAGCGAAAGUUGGCGCGUGGUGGGGACAUGUGAUUGGAGGCGCGCAGACUGCAAAUGACCCUGACAAUCCCAUUGCGAAGAGUCACAAAGGUCCAAUUAUUGUAUACCUCGCCAAGGUAGACAAUGCUGCUACGGCCCAAACGACCGGCCUUAAGUGGUUUAAGGUUGCCGAAGACGGACUGAGCAACGGGCAGUGGGGAGUCGACAAGAUGAUCGCCAACAACGGCUGGCAUUACUUCACCAUGCCUGAGUGCAUCGCGCCAGGUGAUUACCUCAUGCGUGUGGAAUUGAUCGCUCUGCACGGCGCCCAAAACCAAGGACAAGCCCAGUUCUAUAUGGAAUGCGCUCAAAUCCGUAUCACUGGUUCUGGAACCAACACCGGUUCAGACUUUGUUAACUUCCCUGGGGCAUACAAGGCAAGCGACCCCGGCAUUCUGGUUUCCAUCUACGACGCCACCGGAAGCCCGUACAUGGGCGGCAAACAAUACACCAUCCCAGGUCCAAAGGUCCUCACUUGCUAA